AACGGAGAAACGGUGCUGUGAACUAUAAGGAAUUAUUUAGUUCGUUUCCAACUCCAUUUAAUAGUGAAUUAAUUUGCGGAAUUUUCGUUGAUCAUUCUAAGACUAUGACAAUUGAACAUAGAAUAAAACAGAAACAGCGCAUACGUUAUAGAUUAUACAGUAUGGAAGAGGCUAUGAUGGUUUAUAGGAAACCGAGAGAAGAAUGGAUAAACGAGUGUUAAUGAACGCGACGCGCCCUGCAUUUAGCGUGUUACGCGUUUUCAUUAAUUAAAGUUAUGGAGUGAAUACGUACACGUAAACAAAAAGGAAUGAGAAGCAAUCGCGUUUGGCAUAGAGUAUUUUCUUUCCUUUGCAUUAUUGUUGUUCUAACAGAAAAUUAAUUGCUGAUACCAUUGACAAAGUUGGUUGAUUUACUGAAGAUUGAAUAACUUGUACUUUUGUCCCUCUAUAAAAAUCAAAACUCUUAAGAUUUUGCUAUAAACAACAUGACUCGUCCAUAACAUGAAGCGUGAAGAUCAAUUGAACGACCUGUUUUUCCAGUGUAUUACAGUGCUCAGUGACGCGCCGUUAUUCCCAACACGACUGGCUCAUAAUUACAGCGUAUGCGACGUUCUCCGUUUCCACUACUAUCAAAUACAAGUUUGAAUAAAAUGAAGGAGGAAACUCUUCCAAUUGUAUAACUAGAGCCAUUAAUCCAUAGUCCUGCGUCACAUUAUCGUCACCGAUACAAACUGUUUUUUCCGUCUUUUCUUCUAUCAUACAACAACAUUUGCCCACUAUGUCGAGUGUUCAUUCAGAUAAUCAAGAAGUAGCCGAUGUUCUUAUUAUCGGAGGUGGAAUUGUAGGAGUUUGCACUGCAUUCUUCAUUACCAAACGACCAGAGUUCGCACAAGGUAAACUUCGUGUUGUGCUAUUAGAAGAGAACGACAUCGCAUGUGCUGCUUCAGGAAAGGCCGGAGGAUUUUUGGCUUUGGAUUGGCAUGGAAAACCAACUGAAUCGCUGAGUACUCUUUCCUAUCGACUACACGAAAAGCUUGCGGAAGAGUAUAACGGAGCCAAAAAGUGGGAUUAUCGAAAGGUGAAAACACUGUCGAUGUCCCUCAUGCCAGCGGGUAACUCGCAAAAGCUUCCUGAAGACAUGCCUUGGUUUGAUACGCAGUGUGUGGAAAAGUACAGCACACUCGGAACGCCUUCGACUACAUCUCAAAUUCAGCCGUACAAGUUUUGUCAAGAGAUAUUUAGGUUGGCUCACGAAGCCGGAGUGCGACUAGUGAAGGGAAAAGCAGUUGAUGUUCAUGCAACAUAUGUAACUUAUGUUCCCGAAGGCGCUAAUGAAGAUGAUAUAAGACGUUUUGAUGCACGGAAAGUUGUUGUCUGUGCUGGUCCGUGGACUGGGAACCUAAUGCCUGAGACGUUCAUUGAUGGUACCCGUGUACACAGUAUUUGCCUUAGAAACGAACAUGUUCCGAAUACACCAUAUGCCAUAUUCACUGACAUUGUAUUACCCGACGGUGAGAAUUCACAUCCAGAAAUCUUCUCUCGGAGUGAUCAUUGGUAUGUGAGCGGGGCUCCUGAUAUGCAUCCAUUACCAAAUUCGUCUAAAACAGUGACAGUGAAGAAGAGUCGAUGCGAGGAUAUAAAACACCAGCUAGACUCAGUAAGUUCUAUGUUCCGUGAUUCGACAAUCACUGUGGAACAAGCCUGCUAUUUACCGACUUCUAGUCGAACGGGCUUGCCGAUUAUCGGGUGCAGAAAAGACGGCGUGUAUAUUGCAUCAGGUCACAGUUGCUGGGGUAUCACGCAAGGACCAGGCACAGGUUAUGUGAUGAGUGAACUUCUCUUCGAUGGAAAAAUCAAGAGUGCAGAUUGCUCCUAUCUCGCAUACUAGUGCUGAAACGGUGCCUGUGAAGCAGGUUGUAUCGGUGUAACUGUUCAAGUAUGAAAACAGAUAUGCUACCUUUUUUUGAAUGUCUUAACAAUAAUGCUUGGGAAUGCUAGUACUUCCAAAAAAUCCCAAACAUUUGGAUCAACAUAAUCCUAACGCCAAGAAAUAAGAAUCAACCGGUCCUUUCGCUAAUGAUUUGCAUUCUUUAUGUUCAAUAUAGGCUUGUAGAGCACGUUCCCUUGUUUUCGUAUCUAUAAUAUAAAUGUUAUUAAACAACAUAUUAAAAUUUAACAUAAUUCAUUUUAUUACAUAAUCCAACACUCGAUUCUUUUGCAAUUCGACGUCUGUUUUAGCGGUAA